AUGGAAAGACAAAAGAAGAUAGAAAAGUCAAAAGAUGGCGUCCCAAUUUGGGACGGUGAUGCAGCCACCUUCCAGGAGUACGAAGAAGCAUCGCUUUUGUGGGAGCAGGGGAUCGCCUCUCACAAGCGAUACCUGAGCGCUCCUCGGCUGGUGGCAGAACUCACAGGCACCGCCCGACGAUAUGUCUUGGGAAAAAGGCAUGACUGGGUGUCCUACAAUGGGGGUGUGGUCAAGCUCAUGGAGCAUCUGCGAAGUCGACUAGGACUUCCUCAACUACCUGAACUCACAGAAUACCUGACGCGUUACUUCAAACAAGGAAGACGCCGACGGGGAGAAACAAUGAACGACUACAUCACCCGAAAGACCGAGACAUACACCCGGGCUCAGCAGUCGCUUGGCCGAGUUUUGAAGGCCUAUGGACAGACCUCGAGCCGAUGGUCUGGAGCCUCUUCACGAGUGACAUCGAGGCCUGACCUCCAGUGGCAGAGAUCUACUACCUCGGCUACGCCCUCAGUGCUCGAAGAAGAAGAAGUCGGAGAGAAUGAGGAGAGCCAGAACGCCGUGGAGCCUGAGGAAGAUGACCCUUGGGCUCGCUCCUCACAGAGCCGUGACACCCACCAAGGUUGGCAGUCCAGCUCUGGUGCAUGGGAUCAAUGGUGGGGAUACGAUGCCUGGAGUCAGACAGCCUGGCACUCUGAUGACGCUGACUGGAGGACCGAAGCUCCAGAGAUCUUGCCCGACAUGAUCCAAGGCUGGUACCUCUUGGGGGACUCAGGCCUGGACACUGGCGAGCGCAACAUGAUCCUCGCAGCCAUCAAGCAGGACUUCAGCUUUGACCGGGUGGCUCAGGAACUUCGCAAUCAAUGGCCAGAUGAUGAUCUUCGUCGACGAGAUCAGAACAACCGCCAGAGUGGCUGGUGGAUGGAUGAAGCUGACUCUGGUGAAGAUGACAAUGCGUUCAUCGCCAUGGAUGACCUCAAUGAGGAAGGACAAGCUCUGGUUGUUGCUGCCCAAGAAGAAGUUGAUCGUGCCCUGCUGGCGAUGCAAAAUGGCCGCAGAACCCUCCGAGAAGCUCGUGAGAAACAACACCAAGUGCGCAUGUCCAGGAAAUACUACAAGACUACGUUCCGGUCUGGCCCAAAGGGCUCAGGCAAAGGACAUGAUCACAAGGGUACAGGCACCUGCCUGCGAUGUGGUGGCGAUCACCGGACAGCCAAUUGUCCAAAGGCAACCUCGACAGCCGCCACAGCAUCUGAGGAGCACACUGCUCCUUUUGUGUGUUUCGCCGAGGACGACCUUCCAGAGUCUGCCCAGGGCAACUUGGUUGAGAAUGCAGUGCUGGAUGGAGGUGCUACUCGCACCAUCGGCUCAGUUCGAGCCUUGGAGCGCCUCAUGGAGCUCAACUACGAGCGCAAUGGAUCCAAUGGAUUGAAGAGCCUGAACCUGGAUGAGAGACCCACCUUUGGUUUUGGCAAUUCCACCCGCAAUCAGUGCGUGUCGACUGCCGCCUUCAAGAUCGAAGCUGAUGGUCGUGAGGGUCACCUACAGAUCCAUGCGCUCGACAGUGGCGAAGGACCUGUCCUCUUCAGCAUUGCCUCUCUGAGAGCCUUAGGAGCCGUGAUAGAUUUUGCUGAAGAUCUGGUGUGUUUCAGGUCUCUGAAUGACAAAAAGGUCAUCCAGUUGGAAAGAUCUUGCACGGGUCACCAGCUUCUCCCUUUGACACAGGACUGGUACGAGGACUCAAAGACCUCUGACCGGUCAAUCCCUAGCCUGCGUGAAUAUAUCUAG